AAACUGUGAUUGGCUAAGCAGCACGUCUGUCAUGAACGUCUGAUUGGAGUGAAGAAAGAUCAAGUCAGCUCGCUCAAACUGCAGCUUUAGAGAGUAAACUUCAGCCACAGAAAAAUAAGGAAACUGAGGUCAGGUCUGUUUCUGCAGCAGGAUGGGCUCCAGCAGCUCCAACAUGAACCACAUCCCAAAUGCUCAGGAGCUCAUGCAGGAAACCGGCUGUGAGUUUCAUUUUUUAUUCAUUUUGCUGCUUGUUACUCAAAAAAGGGGGAAAGAAUAGAAAAUGUAGGAGUUUUCAGCUGUUUUGAAUCUGACUGGAAUUAAUUCUAAAACUUCCAGACGCAAACAAGAGUUCAGGAGAAAGAUUAACCGUUCCCGGAGUAAAAUCAACAUCCUGAAACACCUGCACAGAGUCAGGACUGUACCACUAAGACUUUUUUUAAUGCUUUUUCAGCUGUGACUAACAUGUUUGACUUUUUAAAAGCCAUUAGGAUGAAACCUUUUAAAAGAAACAUUAUCGCACAUCGUAAAGACAAGAUGUUGUGGUCAGAAAAGAUUGUCCACAGGGGGCGCUCUAAUCCAAAUAAACCAAAACUUCCUUACAAGAGCUUUAAAAUCAUUUUAGAUAAAUGUUCAAAAAGUCUUAACAAACUCUUUUUUGACUUUGCCGUGUUUUAGCUGCUUUAUUUUUUUGUUUUUACUGCCCCUGAUUUGUCUCUUUAUUUAUCAUUAAAACGAUUUUAAAGUUGAAAAUAAAGGCUGUUUGGUCCCCUGUGCACCAUCACAAACAAAAGUACAGACGUGCUGUUGUGGCUCUGAGAGUUUCUGUUCUGAAGGACAGUAACAGUCUUAAAGAGGCACAUAGGGGAUUUCUCUGCAGCAAGUCAAAACAGACAAAAAUAAAGAAUUUCCCUGAGUUUGAUGGCUCUUAACUGAAUUCAGACCUGAUCCUGCAAAAUUAGAUCAAAUGGGAGAAACUUAAAGGAAAUUUGUUGUAUGUUGUGAGACUCAGUUACAGCUAUGUUGAAUGAAGAUGUGUGAAUAUUGUGGAAAACAGUCAGUGCACACCUAGAAGAGUCUGUCAAAGAGAUUGAUUUGUUUCAAGAAAAAUAAACUUAACUGAAUUUUAACUCUGCAUCUCUAAUCUGCUCUGAGAAGCCUCGGUCUGAGCUCUCUGAUAGCAGCACAGUGAGCCGUUUUAAACUCAUCAGCGUCAUGUCAUCUGUACUUUAUCUCUGUUUAGUUGAGUGUGCAGGAAACACCCUGAACUCUCCUCACUGAUGCACUGCAGUUAUGCUCAACACUUAAGCAAGUUCAUCCUUCUGUUUGUGUCGAUGAAAGUGAGAAAUUAAUUAAAAAUUCCUGAUGCUUGAAAAUGUGAAACCAACUUUUUUUCUGCUACAGCUGUUCUGUGCAUGUGCAAAAGUUAAAGCUUUUCAAUUUUGUUUCUUUUUUUUGUCUCUUCUCUGCACACACGAUGUGAACAGCUGAGGAAUUUGACUUUUCUUCAGUUUAAAUCAAAGGAGAGAGUCAAGAUGUAAUGUGACUGACCAGACUGAUCAACUUCAGGGGGAGAGAAAUGUGUUGAUGCUGUUUUUGUGGUCCCCAGGGAGGGCUGGGGACUGACUGGUUUAGUGUAAGCAGUCUGUAAUUAAGGAAAUGCUCUCUGUGUGUUUCAGUCUCUGCUGCUCACCUCCUUCGUCUAUAUGAGAGGUUUGAGUUUUUGGACAGGGACGGGAAGGGAGAGCUCAGGUUAGUGCUUUGAAAAACUGUGAUAUAAACUGUGAAAAUUACCUGAGGAAUGAUGUUCAAUUCUCUCUCUCUCUCCCUUAGCCCUGAUGAUUUUGAGGCUGUUCGAGAGUUGGCCUUGAACCCCAUUGGAGGCAGAAUUAUCGAGGCUUUCUUCCCUCAGGGGUGCAGCAACUUUUUAAUCCUAAAUUUAAUUCUUUACCUAUCACAUCUGAUGUGAUGAUGUUGGUUAUGGAGAACUGUAUGUUAUUUCUGUUUUCGUUGUUAAUUAACUAAAACGUUGGACUGUCCAGAUUAAAACCAAAGGAGGAGUAAAUGACUCCAGUGGAUAAAGACAGUCAGUUUCAGAAACUUUCACAUGUUCAGACAUACCUGGACUUCAUGACAGCCGCAGUAAAUCAGAGCUGCUCGUUGUUUAUCAUGUGUUUGUUAAGAAAACUGAAGUCUUUCCUUCCUCUCUUUCCUCAGACAGGAAACGGUGGACUUUGCCUCCUUUGUCCGGGUUCUGGCACAUUUCCGUCCUAACGACCCAAACCGGAAAGACGGAGCGCAGCAGGACCAGGCCAACAGCAGAACCAGGAAACUUAAAUGCAAGUCCAGAUAAUUUCUUUUAGCUUUAACUUUUGAAGAGCUGUUUUGACCGCUGACCUGUUGAUGACUGGACCUCUGUGUGUGUUCAGUUGCCUUCCAGCUGUAUGAUCAGGACAGAGAUGGAAAAAUCUCCAGAAAUGAACUUCUCCAGGUCUGUGGCUGCAAAACACGUCACUUUGAACAACACAAACAACCUUCAAACAAAACCUCUUCAAUGCUGACCAGUUUAAUCUGCUCAUUUAUCUGACAGAGCUGAGAGCAACCACACUACAUUACCCAGAGGCCUUCAGGGCAAGAAGAUGUUUGUAACUUACAGCUUUGUUUAUAAACCACUGGCUGUAUAUGGAACUCAUGUUCCUCUUCUCCCACUGUACAAAAGGAGGCCAAAAUACCAUCAUGAUAAAUACUGAUGUGUCACCAUGCCGAUCUUGCUGCAUAGAAGUUUAACACAUGUUGGUGAAAAGAAGCGGAACCAUGAUGAAUUAAUUGGUUUAUGUCGAGGGCUGUUAGAGAUACACUGACACCUGAAAACUUUGGCUGAUACUUUAGGUAUUUGCACAACAAAAUAUAAUAAGUCAACUUAAAACUUGUUGGUGUAAGCAUCUUACAAGAGGCUCAUUAACUCCCCAUUAAUGCUUAUUACAAGCAAAACAAGUUUUGUUCCUUUUAAGGCACACUAGACUUUAAACUUAUCCUAACAUUUCUAGCUUUACACUUAUCUUUUAUCUUUUCUGGUCUAUUGGAUUCUUGCUUUAUUUUUGUUUUAAAAUCCUAAAAUGAAAUAAAACUAAUGCCAACAAAGCAACAACAAAAAAAAAAGUUACCCGCAAGGUCUUGAUUUUGACAUAAACCCAGUCAACUUUUACACCACUUUUAAAAAUAAAAACUGGACACAUACUGUUCUUACAAAACCUGGUGACUACUCAUAUUUGUCACUAAAUGAUUAAGAGUGAUAAAAAUGGCUUUUAAAUACAAAAUAAUCUGGCUUUAAUAUCCUGAAGAACUACUCUCCUCAGACAAUGUCCCAGAAAUAACAGCACUUUGGGGAAAUAGAUCUGUGUGUCAUCUGCAUAGAGGUGUAACAGUGAUGGUUUCAGCUUUAUCUGUGACUGUGAAGAGGAGAGUAAGACAGAAAGAAGCAGCAGAGCCAAGAUAGAACAUUAAACACAAAGCAAGAUCAGACGUAUUAGACACGGCAAGACAGGUGAUUCAUGAUUGGCUGGUACUCGUCAGGUGCUGAGGGCGAUGCUGGGGAUUCAGGUGACAGAGGAGCAGCUGCAGAGCAUUGCUGAGCGAGCAAUUCAAGAGGCCGACCUGGAUCGUGAUGGCGCCAUCUCAUUCGAUGAGUUUAAAAAGGUAAGAGGGUCAUGAACCAAAAUGAGCAGAAAUAGUGAUACAAAAAAAAAAAAAAAAAAGACAAGAUAUCUAUUUUCUGAAAUGUAGUUAGAGUGAACGAGCAGAUAGUGCUGAGGAAAGUGGAUGUGUUCUGUGAGAAUUAAAAAGCUUUUAAAAAUGAAACCAACUUUUGUGUGUUUUGAUAAUGAUGUUAUGAUCAGUUUAAAAGCUUUUAUUUCUUUUCAGUCCCUGGAGAAAGUGAACAUCGAUCACAAAAUGAGUGUCCGUUUCCUGAAAUAAAGACGCCAGGUGAUAAGACUUUAGGAUUUACUUGCUGUGCAAGAGACACAGAUGGAGACAGGGUGCUUCCUCACCUGUCCCUCAGUGGCUCUGAUUCUGGUGAUGAAAUGAUUGUUUGUUGGAUUUCUGACUUGGGUCUUUUCAUGUUCUCGCUAUAGAAGCAUGAUUGUCUUCAUGGGAUUUUGUCACAGCCUCCUUUUCCCAAGUGUGAAAAAGUCCCAAAUGAAAAUAGGACAGCAUUUGUAUCACAGGGACAAGACUUAUGGAGGUUCAGCACACUGGUUAGAGGUUUUGCAGACGUUUAAUUUCAGGGACUUUGUGUUUAUUCAGAUGGUGAAACCUUUAGUUUUUCCCUUUACAAUGCUUUAGAAAACCCACAGUUAUUUCAGGUCAAACUAAGAUGAAGGACAGCACUAUUUGUUUUACAUCAUCAGUAAGAUUUAGCUUUAAGUGUUACAGAGAAAGUUACUCUGCAGAGUCCAGUACUACAGUAAGGAGGCAAGACUAUCAAGAGCUACAAACUAAAUGGGAGAAUUUCAUGUUAAACUUGUAAGUGAUUGUGAACCCCAAAAAGAAAAUGUGUAGUUAUAAUAGUAAAAGGCUUUUUAGUUUCUCUUCUUACACCUGAAUAAAAAUCUUAAACACAC